ACCGGCUCUUUUCGAGGAACCGUCCCCGCGUGGCGACUCAACGUUUGCGCUCUCCGUUUCAGGCUCUCUUGAUGAAGGGACUGGGUCGCGCGAAAAUCGCACUGAAACCAGUUACGCUUUCGGCAGCGGUCACCCUGACGCUGAGACCGCUGAUCUCGUCGCAAAUGUCCGACAAGCUGGUGUCCCUGUUCCUGAUUAACAUCUUUAGCGUGCCAGCCCUGGUCCAUCACCUGAACGUCUUGUCGCCGGAGGUAAAAGUUACCGUCGUGUCUUUACAGUGCAUUUCGUCGUUCAUAACGAAUAAUCUGUUCGCGCGAAGUUUGGAGCUGCUCAACUCCGAGCAGAACUUAAGGAUCGUCUUCAACGCUCUGGAGGGCAGUUACGCGCUUUGUUUGCUCGCCAAUUUGAUACAGCUGGCGAACAUCGAGAGGGAGGAAGUGCUGCGAGAGCUCUGCUUUCCCUCUUUUACGUUUGUUGUGACGAGAAUGCUGGAGGCGUGUCAACAAUACGUAGUCGCCAAGCGAAGCAACUUGACGCAUUGGCAUCCGGUAUUAGGCUGGUUUGCGCAGACGAUCGACACCUCGUUACAGGACGCGACUCCUUCGGUCAAGUUGCAGCUCGCCUGCCUCUGGACGGGCAGGAUCGUUACGCAUUUAAUCGAGCAGCCACUAACCGAGUUCGUUGAAAAAGAGGUACCACCCGCGGUAGAGCAACAAAGUACCUCUUCCAUAGGCGCCAAUAUUUUCCGACGAGCGUUCCUGGAGGCUCGCACUAAUAGGAACAAUAGCACCAAGAAUUACAGGAAGCUGGGCAGUCCGGAGGCUACCAAGAUAGCUCUGAUCUGUUCUCUGUAUCAAACGGCACUGCACACGCUCACGCAAAUGAAGAUCGAGAUAUUGACGGGGUUGUGCUAUCAAGGUAAAAUUCUUUAUCACAUGUGGCUAUUUCUGACCACCCUGGGACCGCACUGUGGUCUGAAGGCGUUUCUAGAUCUCCUGGCGGCCAACACCAAGUGCACGGCGCCUGAAUUCCAGAUGUUGAUACUGUUCGCCGAUUGUAUGACACACUACGUUACCAUCUUGGACGACAUGGAAAUGUACGAGCACCAAGAUCCCUUCAAGCUCACGGAUUUCAUCACUAUGUCAUACUUUCUAAAUCAAUUCUUGUACAAAGCGGUUCUCACUAAUUUAUUCGAUGUAAAGUCGGUAUCCAGCAAUCCUCUGUUCAUCUCACUUUACAUUCUUCUAAUGGCGAUCUAUCGACGCGACUGCCGCAGAACGUUCUGCCCGGAAGGUCACUGGUUAGCCAAGGAAGUACGAGUAUCUGGCUUCUUGGCGGAUUUGGAAAAAGGACGACGUGGCGCGGCGCUUUUACUUUCAAAAAUGCCUCACGUCAUCCCCCAUUCCGAGCGAGUGGUAUUAUUUCGCAAACACAUAGCCGACGAGAAAGCAGUAAUGGGCUUGACCGAGAGCGCUUGUAACAGUCCACCAACUACUCUUAUCGUCGUGCACAGAACGCGAAUAGUUGAGGACGGAUACAGACAAUUGGCCAUGUUGCCGUCACAAGCAUUGAAAGGUGUGAUCAGGGUACGUUUCGUGAACGAGCAAGGUCUAGCCGAGGCCGGCAUCGAUCAGGACGGGGUUUUCAAGGAAUUCUUGGAAGAGACAAUAAAGCGAGUGUUCGACCCAUCCCUGAACUUGUUCAAAGCUACCAGCGAAAACCGGCUCUAUCCAUCCCCCACGUCUUUCAUGCAGGACAAUCACUUGCAACUGUUCGAGUUUGUCGGGCGGAUGCUCGGCAAAGCGGUUUACGAGGGCAUUGUCGUGGACGUGCCUUUCGCGUCAUUCUUCGUCUCGCAAUUUUCCGGGCAGACAGGCGGCGCAUUGUAUAGCUGGCUGGACGAGCUUGCCUCGCUAGAUCGCGAUCUCUAUCGUAGCCUGACUUUGGUCAAGCACUACAAGGGCGAUAUUCGCCAGUUGGAGCUGACGUUCUCCCUCGACGAGGACGUGCUCGGCAAGCUGGUCACGCACGAGCUGAUCACUGGCGGCCGCACCACCGCCGUGACCAAUCAGAACAAGAUUCAAUAUAUUCACCACAUGGCGCACUAUAGGAUGUAUCAUCAGAUCAAGGAGCAAACGACCGCCUUCAUCAAGGGAUUCCGUUCGAUCAUUAAUCCCGAGUGGCUGUCGUUGUUCUCGACGCCUGAGUUACAAAGAUUGAUCUCGGGCGAUAACGUACCUUUGGACCUGCGAGAUUUACGCAGGCAUACGCAAUACUACGGCGGAUUUCACGACAGUCAUCGAGUGGUAUGCUGGCUGUGGGACAUCCUGGAGAAGGAUUUUACGGAGGAAGAAAGAGGCUUGUUUCUAAAGUUUGUGACGAGCUGUUCGAAGUCACCUCUGCUGGGUUUUGCUCAUCUGGAGCCACCUUUCUCCAUACGAUGCGUGGAGGUUUGCGACGAUGAGGAUACCGGUGACACUAUUGGCAGCGUGAUCAGAGGUUUUUUUACGAUUCGCAAGAAGGACCCGCAGAACCGACUGCCCACUUCGUCAACGUGUUUCAACUUGCUCAAGCUGCCGAAUUAUCAGAAGAAGAGCACGUUGCGGGAGAAACUGCGCUACGCCGUCACCAGUAAUACUGGCUUCGAACUCUCCUAAGUGCUGCCAGUCGCGCAUUUCUAACCCAGGAGAAGGGACGAGUGAAGGAUAGUGUGAGUUUGUCGAAAUAUUGCGCGUCAACAGUUUUCGACAAUCGGUGCGAAACGAGACUCGAUCAGCAAGCGGAUCACGCCGAGAGUUUUCACAGGAAUGAAAAGUCGACCGAAACGGAUCCGACGCUGUCUAAAGCGAUGCCUAAACCGCCCUUAUCCCCAUCCAGUGCAUAAUUUUACAGCUUGAUUAAACGCGUCGCUAUUUAAACGCAUGUUGAUUUUUGGAUGACGCGUCGGAGAAGUCACGCGAAAGCGUCGCGAUUGUUUUUUUGUUUGUUUGAGAGAGAAUCAUUGCGACCGCACAGUAUUGCUUGGAGAAUCGAUGGUAUCGUAAAGCAACACGAGAAUGUACAACAUGAGGGUACACAAUAACAAGUCUGCGGAUAGAUAACUGUUAGACACACACGUAUAUACACAAAUAUAUAUUUAAAUAUAUUUAAAUCGUAUGACGGGGGCUAAGUAUUUUAGGGUGAAGCCUGUUUACGACGUUCGUUUCUGCGGUCCUCGAUAUACUCAUACAGGCACGCACUACCGAUUUGAAGUACACCAUACCUCAUGAGCUUAAUACCGAGAUAAUUGUGCGCUUGUUAGUGGAUAGAGUCGUUGAUCAAUGUUACACUAACAAUAAGAUCGGGGGUGGCGGACGUUUAAAUUUAUUUUCAUAGAUAAUAUUGAGGACGACGUUUGUUAUAGAUUGCGCCACUGAGUGAACUACUUGAGGAAUUGAAUAAAUAAGCAGGAGGAAGCCCCGUCCCGCCACAGUCGGAGAAAAUUUGUAAUAUCUUAACAACAUUGUAAAUUGUUAAAUCACGAGUCCAUUAUUCUCUGAAUUAUUACUUAAGUAAUUUCGAUGACACUUUGUGAGUUGACGUUUUCACUAAAACUCUUCUCGUCCAAUUUGAACUGACAAAUCUUAGAAAGAUCUGUCCAAAGUAGGAAAAUUAAUAUAGACACAAGUUUCGGGAUCGUUUCGAGCAAUCCUUUAUAAAAGUUUCAUGAGACUGUGGGGUCUGUCCUGUUUGUUGAUUCAAUUGCAUUUGCAUUCGCACUACGAAAAAAGGUUCACCACUCCCGCAUUAACAAGGGAACAUCCUCGAAGCUGGGGGAUGAUGCCUUGUCGACGAACCAGCGCGCGUGCGAAAAGAGUCUCCGUGAGCAAUCAAAAAAGCGACUCGCGGGUUUCUAAAAGUUUUCCCCCCGAUAUGAAGAAAAAGAAUCGACCGGGGAGGCCGCGAUCUAUUUUAAAAGCUAUUUUCUCAAGAUUUUUGUACGGACUAUUGGCGCGACGUGCCGUCUAAUCGAUUUAACACGAUCCAAGGGUACAAUUUUCAUGGGCGCUCGCGGAUGAGAAGUCCCCGGGGUUCGUUCUGGUCGAAGGAGAUUACGACAAGAGUCUCGUCGUGUUUCAUGCGGAGGUGGAAAAGUACUUCGAGCAUCCGUGAUAAGAAGAUGGUCGAAUAGUGAGAGAUUAGAGGGAGAGAGAAAAACAAAGAGAAAUGUAUUUUCUUAAUUUUGGAACGAAACACAUAUUUUUCUUCUAUCUCUGUAGUGAAACUUUACCGUCGUGACAAGUGAACGAGAGGGAGCGAAAGCGUUUGAUGAAGGAAAAGCUGAGCCGCAAGCGCGGACAAAGUUGACAAAUAAAAUUUUAUAACAUUUUAUAAUUUA